UCUCAUGGUACAUAUGAUGUACUUCUGUGCUGUCAAGUGUUACUUAUCAGCUGCGGUAAAAAUAAAAAUAUUUACAUAUAAUUUAGUUUUCUCUUUAUUUUUUUUUAAUUCUCAUAUCGAUAAGCAAAUUUUAUUGUAACAAAAUAUGUUUAAGAAGGUUAUCGAUUUAUCUUUUAAAGUGAGGCAAGUACUUUUUCGCUCCGUUUCCACAACAAGAAAAAAUUUCAAAAUAUAUGAGCCAGAUUAUUUAGAUUCUUUGAAAUCCAAAUAUCCGCAGUACGAAUGUUUAAACUUUCAAGUAAAAGGAUAUGAUUACCCAAUCCUUGAAAGUUAUCAAAAAUUUUUACAUAAUGUGGCAGAAUAUUUAGAAAUGGAUGUUUCAGAAAGCUAUGCUUCACCACCACAGAAAUCUUUGGUACAAAGAUUUAAACCAUCAUCAUCUGUUGUUGAGGCAGAAUACAGUUUAACAACGUAUGAACGAAAUAUUCAAAUAUCCGAUAUGGAUGCUCCAACCUAUCCUUUAUUUUUACGAAUAGCUCAAGCUGCUCUACCUGAAGGCGUAACGUUAAAUGUGUUUGAAUAUGAUGAGGAAUUCGAAGAGAAGCGUUAUGUUCCUGAUAGAGAUUUACUAGAAUUAAAGGCUCAACUAGAAAAUUUGCAAGGUACACGAGAUUCUACAAAAAAAAAAUAAUGUGUAGAAAUUUUUAAUAAGGUAGUUAAAAAAAAUAAUUGUUAAAAAGCUUAAUAGAAUAAGAUAGAUAGAAACCUACAUAUUCUAUGUAUAACAAGUUUAAAUUUUCAAACAAUAUGUACAACUUACAUGUACA